AUCGGGGGUUUCUGAGUACUUAUCUAACUAUUUACUUUGCGAUGCGUGUUCAGCAAACAUUUAAGUCUUCUUGCGUUUGGAAGUUUGUAUACAUGAACGUAGGGAAAUUUUGCAUAUAUGUGAAAGAUAAGGACAACAGGAACGAGGAAACGUCACGACGCAAGCACGAGAGCGAAUAUCGGCAGUGCGUGUGUAGUAUAUGCUCGACUGACAACCAAAGACCGCAGCGGCAACCACCAAGAUGCGAGUUUUGGUUACGCGCGUGGCAGCUUUGUUAUGUUGUGCUCUUUUUCUCUUGAGUGACGUUUCGUGCGUAGUAAUUAAAAAACAUCAGUGCGCAGAGAGACAGAUUCUGAAAACACUUGAUUUACCGGAAUUUUUCAAGGACAAAUAUUGCAGAAUUGAGACCCAAGAACGGAGUUUGAGGAAGACGAAUUGCACUUUAUGGGAUUUUGCAGAAGAGGAUGGUUAUCAUGAUUGCACGGAUCUUCAAUUCUCUACGUCAUUGAGUUCAAAUGUAUUAGGAACUGAAAUUCUUCCAUAUAAAGAAGCAUAUCCUAACUUCGUUAUUAAUUUCAAAGAUAUAAAGUGGAAUUAUAUGCAGUACCGCCUGCAAGUGGCCAAAAGUCAAAAGUGCCAUAGAGUGUGGUUUGACCCUUCUUCAGAGCGCGAGGCUCUGAGUAUUUCCUUUGCUUGCAAGCAGUUGGGCACUUGGUGGGCUGGAGGAUUGGAUGCUGAGCUACUGGUGGAUGUGGGAUUGGCACCUUCUGACAUCACCGCUCACGCUCACUAUGUGCUUAAGGUUCCUCUGGAAGACCCAAACGAAUCAAUUUCCCUCAAGGAUUGGUCUAUCGUGGUAGCAGUGGACAUUGCCCACAAGCCAAAUCUGAUAGUUCAAUGGCCAACUGUUCCUGACAAAUACAACGUUUCAGAAUACCACGUUCGAAUAAAUAAAAGUGUACCAAAGUGUUUCAUGUUUUUUAUUGUUGAUGUUGCAGAAACAUGGGUGCCACUUUAUUUCACACUACCAGCAGUAUUGGUGCCCCUUGUGCUAAUUUUAUUUUUAAUCUUCUCUGUGUAUUACUUCUGCUGCACUCCUCCACGAGAGCCUCCAAAAGUACUUCUCCUGUUUGAAGGUACGACUCAAGAACAUUACCUUGUUGUAUGCAAAUUGUUCAAAUACUUGAAAGAGUUUUGUGGCGUGAACUGCCUGAUGGGUGAUGAAGAGAUUCCUGAGUCAGAGGAAGGGAUACUUUGGGCUGUUGCCACACCAGUGGUGCCACCUGCUUCGGUUGCCAUAUCAUACUGUGCUCAGAACGUUCGAAAGUUCUUUUUGGGGAAUAAGAGCCAUGCCCUUUUUGUAACUUAUUAUCAAGUGGGUGAAAUUGGGUCAGACCGCUUUCUAGUGGCAGUGCCCCCAUAUUGCACCGAGGAAAACAUUCCACUGUGUUUGAAAAAUGUUCCACGAUUUUAUAUCCCCGCGGAGCUGAAAUGGCUUCUGUGGUUCCUCUACAACCGGCGAUGUCGGAAAUCUCCUUUCAUGUGGAUGGCAAAAGCAUACCUUCGGACUUGCUGGUGCCCAGGUCCAAUGUCUACUUACCAUUUGCAUGGAACUCAGUUGAAAGAAAACCUGGAGCUCGCAGACACCCUAAACAAACUGGCUAAAAAGAGGAUAUCAGAGGGAACAGAAUCCGUUCCGGGGACUAUACUAGGAGGCCCGACCACAGAAAGCAUUCCCCCUUAUCCUGGAAAUGUGCGAUAUUACAUGUUGAGAGGGCGUGAAGGCUCUCAGAUUAGCCAAAGCGAUGUUGUUUCAAUGAAUAGCACUGAUGUAAACUCAAUGGCUGAUGAAUACACUUCCCAUGAUAUCACAGAAGAGGGAGGUUCAGAAGACUACAAAAUCAUGUUCUCUGCUGGCAAUUCUCCAUUUUCUGAUACAUUGACUUUCAAGAAAUUUUUUUUCUUGGAAGAAGGGCUGGAAGGAUCACUGGCUAGACAGAACAACGUUAUUUCCAAUAUACAUGUUGAUACAUUGGCUCUGUAAGGACAUAUGCAAUGGGCCCACCUAUGCUCAGGAGUGUGACAAUUUUGCCCAUGCCAAUUUUACCCAUGCACAUAUGUUGAUGACUAUAGCAGCACAGGGAAGAGUUAAACCUCUUUGACUCCUCAGAGAGUGCAUUCAUAGUUGAACUCUUUCAAGAUUGUGUAUUUUUCCCUUACCAAGUAUUGUUAUGGAAGAAAUUAUAAGGUAUUCAGAAGAUAAACAGAAAUUCAGUGAUGUUUGUAUGAUUAUUAUUGUUAUUUUAUAUUGACGUUUCUGUAUUUUGUUGUAAUCAUGAGAAAUGCGAACCUGUAUGGAUCAGUCUGGCUAUAAAUUGUGUGCGUGUGGUGCCUUUGAUGUUGAACGUGAAAUGUAAACUCAAUUGGGCAAUCUUAACCCUACUUUAGUUGUGUUACAGAGGUUUUCUGUAGGUCUUUUUCCACUUGAUCACCGUUUUGUUGUUAAAGUGAAAAUGGACUAGCUGCUCUCCAUGAAAAUCUUUCAAAGUGGUUGUGACAUGUACGGCAGUGGAGUUGAAAUCUUGGAUGGUGAUGUCAUUCAUUCUAAAUGAUGUCGUACGCUUCCCCAGCCAGAGUCAUGAUCUGGGCUGUCCAGGUCUUUGUCUCCUUCAGGUUUGCUCACUACAGCCCUGAAGAAGACCAAAGUAUGUUGGUUGAAACAUCGGCACCUGAGCUUUCAACACAGCAGCAUCCAGACAGCCCAGAUCAUACAUUCUAACUGUAUUGUGUAGUCUCUCAAAGGCUGAAAGAUAUAUUUUGUAAUUGGAAAACAAAUCUUCAAAGCACAAGAUUUUACGAGUAUACUCAAUCACUUUAUUAGUAAAUCAGAACCAAUAAUUGGUUCCUUCCAAAGACAAGUUCAUUUCAGGAGAGAAUUCAAGGAAAAAAUAGUGCAUAAAAUAGUCCAUGACUUUUCCAACCAAUAUUUAAAUGGGAAUAUUGUUACAUUUGGAAUAAGAUGUGAAGGAAACUGAUAAAUAGAAUGGAUAUUAUGAAAUUGAUCAACACUGAAAUCGUUUUGAUAAUUAAAUACUUUGUUUACAUGCAGUGUAUAAUCCCAGUGUUUUCCUCUGUGAUGGGGCUGUUCAAGGUGAAUAUAUUCAUGCAACUUAGCACACACGAAGAGGGUUAAUAAAAGGAUUUCUGAGCUGUAAAUAUGUUUAUCCUAAUCUUAAAGGAUGCAAAGGAUUUGAAGAUAAUCAAUGAUGAAUCGCGUUCUUUUGAAUUGAUAUGUCUGUAGUUCCUUCUCAUGGCUGUGUGUUUUGAUAUUUGAGAAUAAUCCAGUGAAGAUGCAUUCUGGAUUGUUAGGUAUUGUUAUACAUUGUUUAAAUGUUUUGCCAAAAAUUCUUUUUCAUUUUUGUAGCAGUUUUAAGAUAUUUAAAAGUAAUAUUUGUGUUUGGUUUCUGAAGUGUUAAUGAGAACAUUUAAUUUGCUCCAGAAAUAUUUCAUGAUUUUGCUGGGAAUUAUAAAGAUAUAUUGAAGUCAUCCUAGUUUCACAAAGAAUGUACUCUAGUUUUAUAACCAUAAUUUAUAAUUAUAGGAAUAGAUUUUUGAAUUUAUCAGCUUUUUAAAUAUGUGUAGAAAAAAAUACCCCCACUUCCUAGAUAGUGUGAGUACAAAAAAUACAUUUAUUUUCUACUGAACUUUUGUUGUUCAUUUACUUAUUUGAUAAAAUACACUCCAUAACAAUGACAAAUUAAUGUAAUGUUAUGGUUAUAAAAAAGCUAUUGUUCAAUGUUGAGGGAGUCGAAAAAACAAAACUACAUUGCAGUGAGGUACUGCAAAAGAUUUGAUGAAAGCUUGAAACCCAUAAUUUGGAGAAAGUAAAAGAUAAAAUUGUUUGUGGGCUGUGUGUCUUAUUAGAUUUAUUGGCAUCUCACCAAAGACCUUUCAACUGUUUUCUUAUUAAAAUUUGUUUAACAAUGUGGUUGUUAUGCAAAGUAUUACCCCCUAUU